AUGGAUCAAAUCUUCAAUCCAUCUUUAUUGUCCGUGAACGCCACAGACUCCAUAGCAAGCGAGGAUGAAUGGCAAAGUGCACUAGAUCACGCUGCCGGAGUAAGAGAAAAGGAAGAAGCUGAGCCUGAGACUUCUGGAAGCGAUGAUGCUGCAUUGUUUGCCGCCAACAGAAUAGGACAAGUCGUCAUGCCGUCCAGCAUUACUGACCGCGUCGGCAAGAUUCUUGGUGAAGUACAUGGUCCCGCCAUCAGACAAACAGCGAUGCGUUUCUAUCUUGCCACAACAACAAAGGCAAGUCAGCCAGGGUCAGUUGUCUCUGAUUUUGGCGGAGGUUCGACGAUGAAACGGUCAUUCAUCCCCAUGCCGAGUGGCAAGGACUUUACAAGCCUUGAAGCAGAUGCAUUCUUGGCUGGCUUCAUGCCACAGAUCUAUGCAACGAGCUAUACUGUGCUGAAAGAGCUACGGAAACGACUUGGUGAAGCAUGGUAUCCUGGGCGUGUGCUCGACGCAGGUGUAGGUCCCGGUAUUGGCGCCCUGGCUUUCCAUCAAGUCUAUACGGCUGAGAACCCCUUGGUGACUGAUGAGUCAGUUCCCAGAGACACAAGACUUCAUGUUGUGGUAGCAAAUCAAGGCAUGCGCGAUCGCGCCGAUACCAUAUGGAAGGGCCAAACGGAUGCCAAAGUCGAGCUAUUCUGGAAGAUGCCAGGUACGCGGCAAAAGCAGUAUGAUCUUGUUCUAGCACCACAUACAUUGCUCGAUGCCAAGGGCCCAAAUAGCCAGCGCGACGCAAUUGUCAAGGAACUAUGGGCAAGAGUUGCACAUGGUGGCGUUCUCUUGCUAUUAGAACGAGGCACACCCCUUGGCUUUGAGGCUGUAGCUCGUGCAAGAGAGAUUCUCCUGCGCAAAAGCAACAAAAUUGCUGCGAGUACGGCUGAAGCUGCAGACGAUCUACGUGCUGCUGGUAUUGAGGCAGACGAAUCGAGCCUUAACAAUACCACCGACGAAGCAUGUCAUGUCAUUGCACCAUGCCCACACGAUGGUGUCUGCCCACUCUGGAUGUUUGGCCAUCAACCAAAACGCCAGCAAUGGUGUCACUUUUCGCAGCGCCUACAGAGACCUGAGUAUUUGCAGCGUACGAAGCAUGCAAAGACCAAUACUGAGGAUUGUACUUACUCCUAUGUCAUGCUUCGCAAGGGGCUGACACGUCCUGAACAGCCAAUCGUCAAGUCACGAAGUCUGAAUGACGACUUGGUGAGCCCGGUAGAGGAGGAGCUGCGUCAUGAAAGCAUUGUGUCUUCGUCCUAUCAUUGGCCACGCAUCAUCUUACCGCCGCUCAAGAAGCAUAAACACAUUCUGCUGGAUGUAUGCUCGUCUGGUUUGUCUUCAGAAGACGCUAUGAGCGCAGAAAGCAAAUUAGAGCGCAUGACGAUUCCAAAGUCCCAGGGAACGGAGCAGUAUCGAUUUGCGAGGCGAAGCCAUUGGGGUGACUUGCUUCCCUUUCGCGGCAAGACGGUGGUGGAACGACCUGUUGUGGAUCGUCAAGGGAAGCGGAAAAAGUACAGUCGGCGACAGCAUCUUGUUCAGGAUGUCGAGUAA